AUGUGGCGAUUCAUUUUUCUAUACAUUGCUGUCAUUGAAGCUGAAGUUGAGUUCGUCCAAGUUCUUUUGAGGUAAGCAUUUUCAUACAUAGAGAUUUAAAAAAAUUAAAUUGAAACUUUUCUAGACAUGGUGACCGUGCUCCUUCAUACAGUUUUCCAAGCGAUGAAAAAGAAUUUGACGUGGAUAAAUAUUUUCCACGUGGAUAUUCUCAAUUAACAAAUCAAGGAUUCGAACAAGCAAAAGAACUUGGAGAAUAUUUACGAAACACUUAUGGAAAUCUAAUUGGCGAGAAAUUCAAUCGAAAAACAACUUGGAUUCGAGCAUCCGAUAAAGAUCGAUGUAUUGAAACAGCAAUGGGAUUAGCAACAACAUUAUAUCCCGAGCAAAUUGUGCCAGUUCACACAUUUUCGAGUUAUAAAGAAGAUUUGAUGCUCAAACCGAAUAGUGUUUUUUGUAAGAAAGCUGAUCGAUUGGUGAAUUUGGAGAAAGAAGAAUGGGCUGCAAAAAUAAACGAGGAAUAUUCGGCGUUUUUUGAGUUUCUGUCUGAAAAAACUGGGUGGAAAAUUGAUGCGGGAAAUGUUCAAAAUGUAUAUAAUGUACUAUACAGGAAGGUUAGUCAUAAGAAGUAUUAAAAAUGUGUCGAAAGACACAAAGAAAUACAUCACUUUGUUGUUUUUCUUAUCAAUUUUAUUCAUUUUUUUCUAAAAGUAAAACAAAAACUAUUUUUAGCAUGUCAACAAUGUUCCUCUUCCAUCUUGGGUUUAUUCGAAUCAUUCAACACUUCCAAAUUCUUCUCAAACUGUGCUCCAAACUGUUGUUGAACUCAAAAGACAAACUCGAAUGUUAUCCUUCAAUACCGCGGAAAAAUCACGACUUCGAACUGGAUUUUUGCUUUCUCAAGUGACAAAAGAAAUGUCGGAUCGGGCUAGAAAAUUGACAACAAAACGGAUGAAUGUUUUUGCGGCACAUGAUGCGACAGUUACUUCGAUGAUGUAUUCUUUGGGUAUUUCUGAUCAUCAAUUGCCUGAUUAUACAGCUGCAUUGAUUUUCGAACUUCAUCGAGUUGUUAUGGAGGAUGGAAAGAAAAUGCGAUUUGUUAAGAUUUUAUAUCGGCAUAGCAAAGUUGAGGAGCCAAAAGAGAUGAUGACUAUGAGAUGGAGCAAUUUUGAGAGAUUUGUGAAGGAAAGAACUAUUGAAAGUCGGGAAGAAUUUGAACAACUUUGCGAGAACUUUGAAGAACUUGCUCCAAAGAUUGCUCCAGAACAAACUCCAAUUGUUGAUGAAAUCGGAAUCACAUCUCAAGAAUCCGAUAUUCUACCAAUUCUGGAUUUGGAAACAUCAAUUUGGAACAAGAAUUAG